CGUUGUCUCCCUCUCUCUUAUUGAGUCCAAAGUCCUCCUUUCCUUCUCAUUUCUCCCUCCCUCCCUCCCUCCCUCGCUCUCCACCACCACCACCGCCGCCUCCUCCCUCCUCCCUCCUCCCUCCCCGCGCCGCCCUCCUCCGCCGCGGCGUCAUGGCCGAUCCUUACUGGGGGCAGCAGCAGUUGUUCAGCGACCCUCGCCAGGCGCCCUUCUUCCCGCCUCCCCCCGCGAAGCGUCCCCGGGCCGAAUUCGGUGCUGCCCAUGAUUUCCAAGGUUAUCUUCCCAUAGAUGAUAAUAGAGGAGCCCUCCCCGGAAUCCCAGAUACCGAAUCCCUUGGAGCUUCCUAUGAUCUUUAUCUGCAUACUACUCAAAUGUCGCCAUUUAGCGGGGCACAGCCAACUGGAUUUGUAGGUGCAGGGACAUCUGUUCACUCCUUUGAUGAUUUACCUAUGGUGGGAGUCGCAGGAUUGGGCCCAAUGACACCUAUGGCAGAAGGGACCUUGCCCUUUGAAGGUUGGAAGGCUGAGGUUCCCCUCCCACCUGAUGCUUCGAAUACACUUUUUGUGGAGGGCUUGCCUCCAAAAUGCACCCGGCGGGAAGUUUCUCAUAUCUUUCGACCUUUUGUUGGCUACAAAGAAGUGAGACUUGUGAACAAGGAAUCGCGACAGACUGGGAAAAAUCCUGUGGUGCUCUGUUUUGUUGAUUUUGUGAGUCCAGCCCAAGCAGCCACUGCCAAGGAUGCCUUACAAGGUUAUCUCUUUGAUGAGCAGGACCGUGACUCGGUCAGACUGAGGCUGCAAUUUGCUCGCUACCCUGGUGCAAAGUCAGGAAACUCAUCACCUGGUAUGAUUAGUGCUAUGGAGGAAUUAGGAUAUCCAUUAACACCUCGAUAUUUCAUUGCUUAGCAAAAAGGGGAAGAAAUAAAGUGGUUGCCCGGUCAGUUCCUCACUGUGCCUAGAUAGUUGACACCACCAAGCCAACUUCUAGUCAUCCAGUUCUUAUAUUUGCCAAAGUUCUGCAUUUGAUGACCUUGAAUUAAGAAUUGCUUUGUGGAUUAAAUAUGUAGCUUACUUCAAAGCCAUAGAAUCUGUGAGUUGCUAUCCGAUUAUCUGCUCUCUGUCUAACAAUGAAAUGUAAGCAGUCUUCAAGGAGGUUGUGAGUGCAAUCUCAUUUCUCUAAGUUUGUCAUUCUCUAGCUAUCUAGCUAGAUAGAACCUUGCAAGUUCUGUCAAGCAAUUUAUGGGUAUUCGGUUUGAUUGUUUGAGCCUGCUUACCAGGUGCAGUCCUGUAAUUUGCUUCCAGUUCUUUGUGGAAGUUCGUCGCAGUUCCUUUUUAUGAGGAAUGAUCUUAAACUAUUCCUUUUGGGAGCUUCUCUUCUUUCAAUACCCCACUCUCUUAUUGCCUGCAGCUAGACAAGAAGAAAAUAUAAGAUUGCAGAACUUCGCCCGUGCCUUUCCUGUUUGCCGACUGUUCUUUUCUCGACCUCAUAGAGUUUUGAUCUUGUUGUGGAUGUGUGCACUAAUGCAUCGAUGAUUGUUAUCGUGAUGGUUAUCUGCUUGUGGGAUAGAAAGAAAGCACUAUUGUCACAGAACUGAUGUCAUGCUUCUGUUUUGCGCUUUGCUGGAUGAGACUCCGAACGCUGUUGCUUCCUAUUGCUAUACUUUCACUAGAAGCAUUGUAGUCGUUUGUAUCGAGGGCAAUGCUGAGAAUAACGAUGAAGACAGCAAAGUUUAUGAUGAUUUUUAAAACUACUGUUGCUCCAUUCUGCAUUUUUCUAUUUUACAGUUGUUCCUGAUUCCUCUUUGGGGGGGGGGUGGGUGGGCUGUCUUUGUGAGCCUAAACGUUGGAAUCUUGUUUUGGGCACUGAACUCGAGGUCCUGUCAUGGACCCCCCCGGGCAUUAUUGAUGGGGACAAAAAUUAGUACCUUUAUCGCCCCACUUGAGUAAUGGAUCAUCCUAUAGAUUCUUAGCCCGUCUUAGAUACGGCCAUGUUCGGCUUGGGGUUCCUUCACCAUCAAAAAGAUUAUUACUUUGUUUAUUACAGAAAGGAGAAAGGAUACAUAAAAAUAUCGAAUUCCUACGUUGGGAGUGGAGACCAGUUUCUUGUGGGUGGAACCAAGCUGUUGACGCUCUUUUGGUUUUUAUUUGUGCGAUUUUUUUUCUUAUAUCUCCUCCUUUUUGAAUGGUUUGCGUUGGGGGUCAAUUUCAAGAUGUGGGUGACUUUUCCUUAUCCUCAUCAGAUCGGUAAAAAAGGCCAAACUUUCGAAACUUUGAC